UAACACGCCGCGGAUUGUGAAAAAUUAAAAAAUAUGAACGAGGUUGCUUGACUGCGUGUCACGUUUGUUCUUUGGCAGAAUAAUAAAAGUCGCUAGGUAGUUUAAUUUGUCAAACACUUGGUGGGUCACCAUUGUCAUAAGUGCAAUUUGUAAAUAAAGUGUAAAGUGAUAUUUUUGUGAAAAGUUGACCAUUGUGUUUGAAAUAAAAUAACUUUCUUGUACCUGCCGUUUGUACCUACCGUGCGACCGUGAAGGUUGAGAAUGUUACGUCAUUUUACCACUAGUGUCUGAUAUGAACUUAUUUAUUUUCCUUUGAACUGUGUUUACGUGAAUUUAUCGAGAAAAAGGAUCAUAAAAGUAUUAACUGAAUUGCACAUAGCACGGUACGACAAGAGGCAUCAGCUGUCCUUUCUUAUAAGAAAAUCACGUAUUGAUAGUUCGAAGCCAUGGUUUUGUUUACUAUGGUUUAUUGACUGUCAAUGUAAUGACGUCAUUGUGCGAGUGUCCACUGUAAUUGAAAAUCCUAAGUACUUACAAGUUACAAAACAGGAUUUUAUUUUCUAAUCCCUCAUAGCCACGGAGCGUCGUGAUACGGCGCUGAAUGGCGCCUUCCACAUCAAUGCCACAUUUAUGCAAGUCGUGGCCAAUGAAAAUGCAAGAAUCGAAUCCUGUGACCUCCAACCGGGAGACACAUGGAGGGGGAUGCAGGGCAAGAUGAGCGUGACCGCGCCCGGUAAGAAGAUAAGAAAAAAGUCGUCAGACAUUAAGCCACAAUCUCAACAGAACAAGUGUCACAACGAGAAGCGUCGCCGUGAACUCGAGAACGAAGUUAUAAAUCAGCUGGAAGAACUGUUAGGUACAUGUCUGGCGGAGGUGAAGCAGCCUGAUAAGAACGGUAUAGUGAGAGAGGCUACGCGGCAGAUAGAGGACGUUUUGCAGCGGCGGCGGGACUGCCCCGGAGACUGCCCCCUCCGCGUCCUCCAAUGCCUCUCACCAGUACAGGCUGGAGAAGUCAGCUCCACUCAACACCAACCUUCCUCCGGAUUCCAGUAUUCCGAGCUAAGCACCCUUAUUGAGGCAAUCAAACAUUACACCGGCGUCCUGGGUUUAAUAUUAAUGGAAAUUAACUCGAAAGGCGAAAUCGAAUGUGUCACGGAAAAUAUUAAAGAUCUUAUCCUAGCUGAAAGGACGGAGUUAUAUAAAAAAUCAAUAUUCUCGCUAUUGCAUGCCGAUGACCAUGCUAAAAUAAAGCCAUUGCUGAGAAAUAUACAGAACUUCGCCUGGGGCUCCACGGAAUCUGAUAAGUUUCAAUACAUUCACGCCCGCCUGCUCAUAAAAGACGCCAAUGUGACCGAUGGUGACAGUUUCGUGGACACCGUGAUCCACGCUGCGCCGGUGCGCGGCUCGUCCACGGAGGAGGCCGGCUCCGUCAUGUGCGUCAUUCGGCGCUGCGAGUCGGCCGCUAUCUCCAACGACGCCGUACCCACCAUCGUCUUCAGAUUGGACUGUAAUUUUAAUAUACUGUCCUGUGAUUUGUCCGGUGUCGAAAACUGUAUGAACUCUCCUGUAUCUCUUUUGGGAACUCGUUACUUAGAUCUCGUUGAGAGUAGUGAUCGUGCCCGUGUUUCCGCUCAUCUUCAAGAAGUAGUGGCUCGAGCUGGUUUGCUGGUGGUCAGUGAACCUUACCGGUUACGUAUCACGUCCGAAACACCUCGAAUAAGAGUAAGCGCUCAAGCUCGUCUCUUCCCUACCGUCGGUGAACCUGACUUCAUAAUGUCAACGAACACUGUACUCACCGAUGAUGAUAUCGGCAUACUCGAACCUGGAGGCUCGCGGCCUGCCCUUGGCGGUCCUCUAAUGACGUCGGUCGCCAACGGAGAAACUUCCUCGUCUGACUCGCGGUACAGGUGUGCCAUCAGUCCCGCCGACCCACAGUUCAGUAUGAAUGACUUCGACCUCGAAUCUUGGCCGCAGUCCUUUUCUAUGGGCGAUAUGAGCGGGGAGGACUCGAAGGAGCGCAAAGAAAAUAACGAAGAAUUGAAUCCGCACACCUCGCCGGUAGACGCUCAGGGUGUGUCACACGAGAAGCCGAAUCGGCUGCGAUCGCUGCUCAUCAAGAAGAGCGGUCCCUCCACCGACGCCAAUUCUAACAACCAGAUCCUAAAGGAUCUCCUCAAACAAGAGGAUGAAGAAGCGACCAGUAGCGAAACUUCAGCUCCUCACACACCGCACACUCCUCACACGCCGCAAACUCCGCACACGCCGCAUACGCCCUUAACGCCCGCGUCCGCGCGCUCCCCUCUGCACUCGGCGCAGGCGCACGCUCGUCCGCCGCCGCACCACGGCACACACCAGCCUGUCAUGCACAACAAUCAGUUGCUCAAGAUACUAAAUGACAAAUCAGAUGAAGAUGGAGACGAAAGCAGAAGAAAUUCUACGGACAGUUCUCGUGGCCCGUCCCAGACAAGUGUGCUAUCGCAGUUGCUGUCUAACAGCAACGGCCCCUCGAGCAACGGUCGCUCCCAGGAGGGCAGCGACAUGUACAUGGAUAGAAUCGCCGGCAUGAAAAGGAAGUUUGAGGAAUCCAAAGCAUCGUCGAGUAAUAUUAAAAGAGUCACGCCUGAAAAUCAGCAGAAAACCUCCCAGGUAUCGUCAAGCGCGACAAACGCCGGUAACGUGACAGUGGUGACGAGCGCGGCGUCCGGGUCCACGAGUCCCGCCACCAGCAGCGCCGGCAUGAGCGCCCUCUGUCAGAAGAACCAGAUCUUGGUGUCCUUACUGGCACGGCAGCAGACGACUCCGCCCACGCCGCUACCGCUCCCCAAUACUAUACUACGGUCGUACCCGCCGCGCGCCCGCCCCCCGCCACUGCAGCCCCCGCAUACUCAGAUGCAACGUCCGCAUCAUAUGCAACAGCAGCAGCGACUCAUCCAUCCCACCAUCUCUACUGUCCUCAACACUAGUAACCGAGGUAGCAGUAUGAACGGCGCUGGGCCUGUGUCAUCCGCUCCGAGCGCGGAAUGUCCUUCCAGUAUGAGUCUCCAGACGUCGCAGUCGAUGCCUGUCCAGAGUCACCUGCAGAUGGUGCUACAGGGUGUGUCGCGGAACUCGUACCAGGCUGGUGUGGCCGCGCAGCCCCACUACGCUGCACCCUCCGCACAUCACCCCUAUAAUAACCAAGGGUCGCGGUCCCAAAGUGGUUCCGGAGACAGCGAGGUCCCCAGCGACCAAGCGCUGUCUGAUAUUCUAGACGAGGUGAUCGAGAACAUGCCGUACAAUGACAGGCCCGCGCCAGACGUCGCUAUCAUGGACAUGGAUAGUAAUCGACAAAUUCGUUCAGACUAUCAGGGUGUUAAAGAGAAAAACGCCGUCAUAAACGCUAUAACACAAAGUCUCAUGCAGUGCGAGACAGCGACUAAGAGUCCUGUGUCGUCGAGUCCCGUCCCGCCGGUGUACCCGGUACAGAGUCCGGGCUCCGUGAGCGGACAGUGUACUAUGUCGGGAGGCGUGGGCGUCGGCAACGUGUACGGGCUGGUGUCGCGGGACGCGGACGGAGCCCGGGCCCGCGCCCUCGUGGAACAACAGCGGGCAAGACUGCUGCAAAUGCAGCGCUCGCAGUCGCUACUUGUGUCGCCUGAGGCCGCCGAGCAGCCGCAGCCCGACCUGGGCUCCACAAUUAACGCCUUGGUGUCCGCGACGCCGCCUAACGUAGCCUUAACGCGGAACGACUACCAUCACUUAUAUCACCAGCCCAAUCAAAUGGGGACGAAUUACGGUACAAAUAAAUUAACUUCAUCUCAACAAAAUCCUAUGCUGAGUAGACAGCUCGGAGUUGGCGGAAAUUCUUACGCAGCAGCGUUACACACGCCGCAAGCGCCGCAACCUUACCAUAGAGCGCCGCGUCCGCAUCCUGUGGGCGGCUACUAUGAGGAGAGCGAGGCGGGGGCCUACUGCGGGGAGUACGGGCGGCGCGUGGCGCACGGCGCGCACCCUGCGCACGCGCACCCUCACCCGCACGCGCACCCACACGGCCAUCACCCCCCGCACACGCCGCACCCUCCGCACACGCCGCACCCGCCGCACGCCGACCACCAGAUGUCAUGCGGCGGUGUGGGAGGUGUGGGCGGCGUGAGCAGUGUGGGGGCCGUGGGCGUGGGAGGCGCGGCGGGCGGAGGUACGUCGGAGUACGUGCGUAACGAGCUGCGUGCUGUGGUGGGCGCGCGGUCAGCCCGGCCCGAGCUUCACACGCUGCACGCUCCUGACCUCGACCCGCUCCUCAACUUCGACAUGCCCGCGCCAGGUGGCGGCGGUGUGGUGGGGGGCAGAGCGGCGGCGACACCGAACGCCUGGGAAUCGCAACAGAGCACAGCGAAUACUACGGAGGAGGUCUCGGCGGGGGCGGCGGCGGGGGGGCAGCGGGCGGCGGGCGGUGAUGAGGAGCCGGCUGCGGCUGGCAACACGCCCGCUAAGGCAUCACUGCUACAGAAACUACUGUCGCAGUGAGAACACAUUACACCCCCACCCCCACCACCACAGAUACAAUACUACCCCCCACUGCAUUUAUACCUGCGCGGGAGCACGUACGCCGUCUCACGGAUAGUGAUGUAGUUUAGUAGUGCUAGUGCUGUAACGUUCUAUGAUCCACUGUCGAUAUGUAUCCCUAUAUGUUCUAUGAGAACUCGUUUUAUUGUAAGUCUUUAGAUGUAUGUAGUGUAUGAGGAUCGGUCCGACGAAUACGACGGUAGCUUCCUGUGAAGGAGUAAAAUAUGUGAUCGGCAAUUUGAUUGACUCGUACGCCUAGUAUACAUAUACAGCAGACACACCGCGUGCAAUAUUGUAUAGAAAUAUUAGAACACAUAUUUUUUUUGGCGUUGUGAACGUUAUGUAUUAUAGUGUGAAAGUCAGAUGUUACCUGUUAUGACAAAGUUAAGUUGUAUUCUUUAGUAUUGAUGGUACGAAUGUUGUUCUCCCGUGUACUAUGCUCGCGUGGAUUAGACGGAGAGCGAUAUUUUUUCAUGAAUUUAUUUUGUUUUAUAACUGAAAGCUAACGGAAAGCCUUCGUGUAUUUUUGUAGCAUAGUACACGGGGGACGUAUGUAAAUAUCGUGUUGUUAAAUUAUAGCAAUUGCUUCAGUGUAAAUAAUUUGUUAAAUAUUAUUGUGUUUCUUAUGUUAUGGUAUAUUAAUUUUCUUGUAAUAAUACAAAAACCUUUACUGAUUUUAUUAGUUUUUUUAAACUACUAUAUUAUUAUUAUUAUUUUUUUUACAAAAUUCGUAUUUUUUAUUUCAUUUGCCUUUGUAUUGACAUGCUUUAUUGUAUAGAAAUUUCGUAUUUCAAUCAUUUACUUUUGGAAAGUAAUUGUUUGAUGUGAAUUUAAUUUUUAUAUCUAGACCGGGAUCCUGGAUCUCUCUGGUUUAGAAGAGCCUUUUAUCUUUCUACCAUUCGUUGACUGAAACAGUAUAUUAUAUCUUGUUAUAAAAUUACCAACGUUUCUAAUACUCAUUACUAAUCCGUAUAAAACGCAGCAACUGAAAUAGCUUUGUUGGAACAAAACUAUUUUUAUACGUCAAUAGUCAAUGAAUUGAUAAUUUUUUUAUUAUUAUUUACUAGUUCUUGUGUCGGUACGUCAUCGUUGAUAAUUUGUAGAACGAUAAAUAGUGCAUGGUAACUUUGAUGUAAGUAUGAAGCGAUUUUUGUGCUCAAUUAAUGUCUUAAAUUAACUGUAGUCUUCGUUACCGUUUGCGUUGGCAGCGAACGUGCGUGCAUGCGUGCGUGUAUGCGUGCGUGCGUACACGAAUUAAAAAUGAAUGAUGCAUGAGUAUCGAAUCGCGCUCUGUUUAAGAAAAAAAAUAGUAUAUAAUAACAAAACAAAACAUUUAUCUGCUUUCAAUAUGUAAUGAUAGUUCCCUCCAAUUAUUUUUUUCAUUAUAAAGCUAAUCUCACACUAUCAAUAACAGAUGGUCACCUCAUUUGUAUGUAAAGUUUUACAUAUGCACUGACACGGUAACGAAGAGCUUUUGCCAUAUUUUGCGAUGUUUUUAAUUUGGUACGCUUGCCGAGGCCUGCUUAUAGUGGACUCACCAUUCAGUGGAAUUCAGCGUCAGAUAAACAAUUUUGUUAGAGCUGGUAAUACGUAACGUUUGUAUUCCGUGGUCUCGACAUAAUCUUAUGGAUUCACGUAAAAUUAUAUUAAAUAAAUUAACGUCAUUUAAAACUUAGCGCACCAAUUUAAUGUGAAAUGUUAGCUUCUACGACAUUAACUCAGUGUUACUUAAUAUUUACGAUAACGGUAAUGAUAAGAGUUACUGGAAGUACGUUAACACGAAAAUCAUUGAUAUAAUUGUAAAUCGCACAAUAUGAAUACGACGUUUUAAGAUAAAUUAAACAUUUUAAAUUAAGAAUUAAUGUGAGACUGUCGAAGGACGUUGUGUGAUCUGGUGAAACGAAACGCUGUUAUCCGGUAAUGUUCGGGACCACUACCACUACCACUACCACUACCAAUACUGAAAGAACCCGUCGCUACUCGACUUCAUCGCAAUCUGCUUUUUUCUCUAUAUUAAAAGACGUUGUACGGUAACAUCAUUAUACUAUUUUUGUACUGUCGGUUAUAACUGUUGAAAUGUAUGCUAAAUUAUUUUUUAAGAAUUAACAGCGAAAAUUAAUAUCUGUACUAAAUUACUAUAUUCAUUGGCUUAUGGCAGUUGGCUAGCUAAUAGCAGAUGUAGGCAGGAAAUGUCGUUGCAUUAUUUGAUAUUUUUUUAUCAAGAUGCCGUCUCCCAUUGAUGUGAUUCAGUACUUCUUAAAUGUCUCUGAAAAAUUGAAAUUUCAGUCUGCCGCUAGCACCUAGGAAACAAGUAAACAACGUCUUCUGUACCAUAGAUAUAGAGUUGAAUAUACAUUGUAAAUGUAUAUCGUGGAUAUUACCUACCUAAAGAUGAGAAUGUACAAAAAAAAAAAUUAGACUAUGCAUAAAAAUAAUCACAAAAAAAUAAAUAAUAAAACAAAUAGGAAUUAUAUUGAUAUUUUUAUACCGUAAACGUUAAUAAAUCUGAUGUUAAGGGCUACUGACCAAAUCUCAUUGGUGUUGAAAAAGUUCGAUCAACUCGCGAAAUCUUUACAUUGAAUAGUGAGAUGAAGCUUUACGAAAUCCAACAAAUGUAGCAAUAUGGUGUUGCAUUCCAAUUAGUCGACGCCGAUGAGACUAGCUCGCGCGGUGUCUUAGUUGAACCGAUUCCAUAGAGUACAAGUGAUGGCCUUGCUAGGUACAUGACUGAGAUACCAAUACUUGAACAAAUUAGUCAAGUCCUUACUUAUAAAAAAUAUUGGAAGCAUAUUUAUUGGAUUGUUUAGAUGGAACAGCAUUUAAUGCCGUCGCAUAGUUUUUGACGUCUCGAUGUGGACUAGAUGUAUUCAAAGAAGGUUAUAUUUUUUACAGUUUUACAUAAUAUAAAAAAAAUAAUAAAUAAAUAAAUAAUAAUAAUGAUAAAAAAUAAAAUUAAACUCGUAUAACAAACAACACGUCCAUUGCACGAGUUCAUAAUCGGUUAUCUCGAAAAUAUUAUAUAGUUGAUAAAAAUAAAACAGUUAUUAAUGCAUGCGUGCCUCAAUAUAAAUUGUGAAAAUAUUUUUCAAUACCAUCUUUAAUAUGAAUUUAUGCCAGUGUAUAUGAUGUAAGAUAUAGUAUAGCUCUUAAAUCACUUCCGCAAUGAAGGACUGUUAAACUUUCAAACGUUGUUGUCUAUAAAUAGAAAAAAAAUGAUAAAUAAUUUUUUUUAUUGUAAUUAAUUAUUCUCACAUCGAAAUCGAAGCGAUCAGGGAUAUAAGAAAUUAAGAUUUGGAAAUACAUAUUUUUACAUUACUGUACUGAUAUCCGUUAAAUAUUGUAUCAUUUAAAUCCGCUGCUAGUUACGAUUUCAUAAGAGAAAAUUAACAUUCGAAUCCAUUUAAAUAUAGAUGUGUUUUAGUCUUCCAAGAUACCCUUUUGAUUUCCACCUUUAUAUAAAUUUCUAUUCGAUGUCCUUCAUGCCUGUUUCAAAAUUUUUAUCAAUCUAUAUUUUACUUGUCCUUGUAGCUGUCAGAUACAACACAUGUUAUGUGAUCGGCAAAUAAAAUAACCAACGAAAAUGUAUUCCUAUAUGAUAAAUAAAAAAAAUAUUUUGAUAAAUGAAACAUUGAACUGUUUAAUUGGUUUUAUAAAAUGUAAUUCAUACUAUAUGUAUGUAAAUAAUAGUGUAGACUCAGUCUCAGUCUAAUGUUGUAUACCUCCUGGUGAUGUUUGUAAAAUAAAUGCCGUGUUUGAUAUUGAAUGAAAAGCUUCUAGUUUGUAAUCUUAUGUGCGACCGAUUUUUCAACAUAUUUUGUUUUUAAAGUACAUAAUGUUUAAAUAUCAUUUUAUUGUAGGCUGCUAUUUUAAUGUUGUUGUAAGAUUUAUUGUCAUUUCGGAACUAUUAGACGUAUCUUGUAGAUCAUGUAUAUAUCGGCAUGAUUCGAUUUUAAACGAUAUUUGGUCAAAUAAUUGGAAAUGUUAUGUAUAAUUCGAAAUUUUAUGUAACUAACUGAUUUAAUGAUAAUUAUUUUUGCAUUGAAAUUUUUUUUUUUUGCUCGUCACAGAGUAUCGUGUAACUUGCAACAAAAUAAUAGGGUCCAAAUUUUCCAUCCAAUAAAACAGCAGAUUUUAUAGCUUGGACUGUGAGAAUGUGAUAUACUGAUAUUUCAAUGUAAACUUAUCGUGGUUCAUUACUCUGUGACGUUGUGAUCGGAUACGUGUACUGUAGCAGAGGACGAAACAUUGAUGUGUACGGGAAUCUUUGUUUCAGUGAGAAAACAUAAUUAGUAUAUAAAGUUAACGAUAAUUUUCAAUGAAACCGACUAAACAAUAGCGUGAGUCGUGUCCAAAACACUGCGCUACGAGUUUUAUGUUAUCACUCUGUAGAUAAUAAUGUGUGAUAAAUAUUAUAUUUAUAGUUGGAUGACAGUCGCUAACACAACGAGGUAUCCACACUCCCGUACAAUGUUGAUUUUAUUUUUUGUAUAAAAUCGUGCCUCUUGUCUUGGCCUGUCGUCUGAGAGCAGGGGUAUACUGUAUAUUUUUAGAUAUAAAUGUCACUAUUAGAUAAUGUUAAUAAAGCUAAUUAUGUUUUUUCUAAAAAACGAUCAAACGACUAAUGUUUGGGCCAGCUGCAAAAAUGAUUAUCGCCUGUCUAUGAUCUAUAAUUAUAGUAGGUAUGUGUUUGACACAGAGUUACGGGUGGGUUAAUGUUUAUCAGCUUUAUCAACGUAUCUAAUACCCGAGUCUUGGAUGGACUUAAACUUCAUUUAAUAUUAUAUAGAACUAACUAGUCUUAUCGCGAGCCGUAAUCUUUUUUGCGGAUGGCCUUUAAGUUUGUGUUAUUAAGUUCUUGAGAUGUUAGUUAGGCUCUUUUGUGUUGCUGUGCAUUUCUAAGCAAUGUAUGUAUGUUUAUAUAUUGUAAAUAGCUAAACAUAUAUUUUUACGACUAGAAUACACAACCAAAGUUGUUAUAAAUAUGUGGUUGAUUAAAUAAUAAAAUCGAUAUAGGUCGUUAUGUUUAUCAUUGUAGAAGUUCAACUAUGAUCGCGUAGUUGUAUCUAUACAGAACAAUGUCUCGUCGAAGCCUUUUAAGUAACCGCCCUGAUAUUAGUAAAACGAAUUUAUUGUUUCCAACUGCAUAUGAAAUUUGAUAUACAUUGAAAUAAAUAAAAUACAAAUUCAUUGAAGUAAUUAAAGUUAUAACAGAUGUGUAAUUUUUUAUGAGAAAAUUAUAGUAUCUUUUUUGUUCCUAAUAGCUUGCUCCAAACUGUUUUUUAUCACUAAUUGUCAAUUAAUAGCUGACAUUUCAAAUAUCUGAAAGUAUUUAAUCUGUUAUAUGUUUUUAUCCAUCGACAAAAGCAGGCGUUAAGAGUACAUUACUUUUAAGUUGUAUUUUUUUGUACAUUUUAGAUUCGAAAAUAUAAUUAUAUCUAAAUGAUAA